AUGGCUUCUUUUAGUGAAGAACUAGACCACAUGUCUAAGCCAUUAUGGGUAGCUCCCAAUGUUAUCAGUGACGACCAUGAGUCGGUCGAAGAUGUACAACGGCCGUUUAGCACUGAUAUUUUUGAGCGACAUGUGCAGCAGGUUAUCGAAGAAGAUUUUCCAGAGAGGCAAAACGCCAAAGCACCAGCCGUUCAGAUUAUCUCUUCGAAACUAAAUCAGGUUAUGAACAGAGAGGUAACGACAACAACCAAGAACACAACCGAAGCUGUCCCCGCUCCCUAUGAGCACAAGGUCCGUCAAUUGCUGGCAGAGGGUAAAGCAGUGUCUUACGAAAAAGCUGAACUUGCUGCUAGACUUAUGGAUCUGAAGUUUGACGAGGACGAAUCGAUUUAUGCAGCUAACGAAUGCGGUUCGCUCUACAUGGCUAUAUCUUAUUUACAACAGGAUUGCGAGUUAUGCGCUAGUAAAUACGGUGUCAAGGAGAUGGUUUCUAUGCUUCAUUGCACUCAUCGAUGUUGCCGAGGAUGCGCACAGACUUAUUUUUCCACACAAAUUCGUGAUCGAACGAUCGUGGAUGCUGUAUGUCCGUUUUGUUCCGAGCCAGCAAAUCUUGCUGAGGACGAUGAAUUAGCGAUGGACUAUUUCACUCAUCUGGACAUAAUGCUUAAGGGAAUCGUACCGCACGAUAUUCACGAACUCUUUCAGCGUAAAUUGCGUGACCGCACUUUGGCCAAGGAUCCGAACUUUAAGUGGUGCAAUAAGUGUUCAUCUGGGUUUAUCGCAAAUCCACGUCAAAAGCGAAUAAUAUAUGUCCAGAUUGUCGAGCCGUUACUUGCGCAACUUGCCGUAAGCCAAUAA